UACCACACCAACCACUCACUACAACAGCACCUUCCCUAUCUUCUUCGGACAACCUCGGACAUACAUAACACCGUCUCCACACGAACAAGAAUAUAAAAAUCCCAUCUCCUAAAAAAAGCAAGCUUCUCUCAUCAAGCCAACCGACCUUUCAAAUCCAUCAACCAAACCACAACGCAAAUCAAAAGAAACCAUGCACUUCCCAUCCUUCUCCAUCACCGCCAUCUUCCUUGCGGGCAUGGCUGUAGCCGCCCCCUUGAUCGAGAGCCGCCACAAGGGCAUGGUAGACACGCCCGACCACCGCGACGUCGGCGUCGUCUUCACCGGCAAGGGCUACACCGGCCGGUCUACCCUCCUCAUGGAGUCCAAGAGGGAAGAGCCCGCUUGCAUCAGCCUUGAGCCCGUUUCUAGAGGCGGCGUCCAAGUCUCCUCCGUCCAAGUCUGCAAGGCCGUCACCUGCGCCCUGUACGAGGGCGCCGGCUGCACAGGCUUUGCGGUCAAGUUCGAGGGCCACCAGAACGUCACGGACGUCGAGUCCCGGAUCCCGGACGGCAGGAACGGCAAAACUCACGGCCGCUUCUUGUCCUACGCGUGCGGCGAGGCCGUCGAGAAGAUUCCGGCAAAGGAGUUCAGCGUCACAUUCGUCGACGGGGAAUGCGAGUAGACUGUUCUCUCUCUUUUCGUGGAAACGGUCCUUUAUCGUUCAAUCUGGUGUUGUCGGACGUCGGAGUUUUACUAUACCAAACAUACAUACAGUGAGUGAGUGAUUGUCGUUCGCUACAACGCAAACAAUGGCAAGGGGAAACAACAUACAUAUACAGUGGCAGGAAGGUGAUAGAGAGAGAUGCAGCUGGUGAGGUGCAAGUAUAUAUUAGUUAUUAAGCAGAGCAUCUGGUGGUGGUGGCGGAGUCACUCUUUUCAUUCAUUCAAAUGGUUUCCCGUACUUUCUCUUUCGUCGGACUUCGACCUUUGUAUUACAAUAUGGAAUUUCAUCAUACACUGCUCCG